AUGAUUGCUGGUUAUGAUCAUAAUCAGAUAUUCCAACAAGGUCAAGCGUUGCAUUUUGGCCAUCACCUAGCUCAUCAAUGUAGGGAGAAAAUUCGCCAUGAUGUUGUCAGGUGUAUGCGGGAGAGUGGCCAGCAGUACAACGAGGAUAAUCGGCGGGAAAUGUGUUGUUACAUAUGGACAGCACAGGAUUGCGCCAAACGGGAGGCAAAGGCAAAGUGUACGUCAGUAGAGAAAAGAGCUCUCGAGGAGAAUGUAUGGAAAAAUGUUCAUCAAUACAAUGAAAAUGAUUGCGAACAAUACCACUAUCACGCCAUCACAUGUUCCGGGGCCCAUGCACUCGAUAUCCUAUACAAUAGGCCAUAUUCUAAAUUACAGUUAUAA